AUGGCGACGUCGUGGAAACCUGUCUUGCAGCCCUGGAUCCGGGAUCUGCUCCUCGGGCUGGAGCCUGGGGAAGGCGCGGGGCUGGAGGGGAAGGGAGAGGGGCUCGGGCAGCUGCUGGAGGUAAUUGAGGAAGCCGAGUCUGGAGGGAGUCUGGAACUGCUUGAUGGAAAGGCUUCUGCCAUCCUGCUGGUGACCGAUGGGACCCACAGUGUGCAUUGCCUGGUGACCCCUGAGGCCCUGAGCAUGGCUGCCUGGGAAGAGAAGCACUUUGGUUUCAGGAGGGCGGUGGGCCGGCUACUUCUGCUGCAGGACUUCAGAGUGUCUGUUCAAGAGGUGGCUGAGACUUCGCUGGGGAACGGGGAGUUCUGCCUGUGGGUAGAUCGCUUCAUCCUGCUGCCCACGGAGCUCCCCAGGGAGGGUGUAACAAGCUGCAACUGGGACCCAGCUGUGAGGAGAAAACUUCAAGAGUAUAAAAAGCACCAGGAAAGGGAGAGGACCCCCCCUAAUAUAGAUAGAAGCUCUACAUUGUCUCAGUUGCUGGAGGAGAUGUGUGAAGAUCGACAGAGUUUGCUAAGCUGUCAGGCCCAGAGCUGCCUGGAACUGGGGGGUUCACAGCGGGGUGCUCUGCCCCUUACUCGAUGGGAAGCCUCUCGAAGGAAGGCUUGGGGAGAAGCUGUUUUCACUAUCCCAGGUCUGAAGCUUCAUAUUAGUGCAGAGGAGGAGGACACCCUUCGGAACCUGAGGGCAGUUUCUGAAAACAGCCCUGAGCUUCAGAGUUUAGAGAGAACCCCAACAGACCCCUGGCAUUUACUCCCAGCCCUGUCCUUGACACAAUCCUCUUCUUCCUCUUCUUCCUAUGUAGAGGCCCUGGACUGUUUGCCCUUCCCUCCUGAGAGAAGCCCCAGUCGGCCAAAGGAUAACUUCACUGACAACCAGGAAUCCCCCUCUUUGGAAUGCAGGGAGCCCAUCAACCUGUCACCUCUGCUCUUUCAGGGCAGUGGGUCCUCUUGUAUCCUGUCCUCCUUCCCCCAGGAUCCACCCUCUUCCUCCCAGGACCAGCUCCCUUUAGGUCUUCCCGCUUCCCCCCCGGCAACAGUCAGUAUCCCUAGGGAGGAGUGGAAAACUUCCAGCUCUUGUGCCCCCCAGGAGCCCCGGGGGCCCCUAUUGAGGGCUAGGGGAAGGGGAAGCAAAGACAGACCAGGAAACAAGAAGUCCAGUCUGCAGUUUGUGAGCAAGAGAGUCAAAGGUACCCUCUGGGUUCCAGAGAGUGCUUCUUCAGGGGACUCCAGCCCUGGAGAAGGCCCAGCCUCAGCCAGGGUUCUUCCAGAGAAACACCUGGAUGGUUCCCCGUUCCAGUACAACUACCCAGAGCCCUGUGCCCACCUCUGUUCCCAGGUUGUAGCCACCAGUCUUUGCCCAUCGCUCCUGGACUGGGCCAAACAAGUGCUGCUAGAGACCGACUUGGUGGAGGUGUGAGAACUCCUCCACUGUCCCCAUUACUGUGGGGCCUGCAGUUAAUAAAAAGCUGAACCGCAGGCCUUGACUCCUCCUUCCUCCUUG